CUCCUCUCCUUCCUCCACGUCCUCUUCCGAAUCAUGAGCGCGGCCGAGAUCAAGGAGCUCGAGCAUAUUGUGUCCGUUGCGCAGACAUACGUAGCAUGCACGACUAGCAUCUUGGUCUGGGACUGGUUGGCGUGUCUACCGCAGGAGUACCGAUACAUCUGGAAAUCGAGAUGGACGCCCAUAAAAUGCCUGUACCUGAUGGUGCGCUACUACACGUUCGUGGUGCUGGUCGUGACGGACGUCUGGUUCUUCGCGAGCUGGAGCGAAGCAGACUGCGCGCGGGACCUGCGCAUAUUACCGGGUAUGGCCGUCCUCAUCGACUUUUGCGUCGAACUUGUGCUCGCGCUUCGGGUCUUUGCGCUCUACGACCACGACAAGCGUAUCGCCGCGCUUCUCGGCACCCUCCUCGCCGCCUUCCUCGGGGUCAUGAUAGCGGUCCCCAUCCUCGCCUUCGACUACACGAGGCUACCGUCAUGGCCGGGUCCAUGUUUAGUAACGGGAAAGGCGUCGAUAGCCGGCCCCAAGUUCAUCAUUGCGUUUUACGCCGCGCCCAUGGCGUUCGACUUCACCGUCACGGCCCUCACUCUUUAUCGCGCGUUUUUCCACGUCAGCCUCAAGCACACUAGUUCAUCGCUCAUCAAAACCUUCAUCCGCGACGGUGUAUUCUACUUCCUUGCUAUAUCCACGCUCAAUCUCAUCAAUGUCAUCUUCUUCGUCCAAAGAAACAAAUCCAUACAAUCCCUCAACGCGCCCAUGAGCAUCCAACUCUCCACGGUCCUCUCAUGUCGUCUCAUCCUCAACCUCCGCGCUACGCGCGACCGCCAUCCGUCCGUCAAAAAGUUCAGCAGCACCCUCCAAAAAUGGGUCGACGACUUCCACAUCACGCAGCCGUCGGAUACGAUGGCGUCGGGCAUGACGCUCGCGAGCCCGAUCCGCCGCCACGCGCGCGGCCCCGUCUUCGCGCGCGACCCGAUCGAGACCGAGACCGCGGGCGUGAUGGUGCGCUUCGAGGACGAGCUCGACCCGCCCGAGGCCGACUCGGAGCGCGGCUCGCACAGGCGAAACUCGAAAGACCGCGUGUGGGACGGGUCGACGGAUACGACCGCCGGCUACGCUACGCCCGACGCGAAGUGAAGUGAAACUCGGACUGUCAGCUUGCCCCUCCGCCAACCGACCGACCGACCUGCCGCACCCUCCACUGACUACGUCGACCGACCGCCCGCUCUGACAUAUCAUCUAACGCAAUCUCUUCCUGGAUCAACUUCAACCCAUCAAUCGCAAUCCCCGCCGUUCUAGUACUAAUCCUGCUCGCUCGUUCC